CUUUGGGGCUGCUCAGCAGGCUUAGCCCAGAGUUCUCCCGGGAACAAACCCCAACUUUUGGCUUGGAGCAGGAAAGCACCCCACUCCCUUCACCCCAGAAGAGCCCCCCCAGCACCAUGAACAUCUUCCGCAUCCUGGGGGAUGUCUCCCACUUGCUGGCCAUCAUUAUCCUGCUGGUGAAGAUCCACAAGUCCAAGUCCUGCGCUGGUAUCUCUGGGAAGAGUCAGAUUCUUUUUGCCCUCGUCUUCACAACCCGCUACCUGGACCUGUUUACCACAUUCAUCUCUGUCUACAACACCGUGAUGAAGGUCAUUUUUUUGCUCUGUGCCUACGUCACUGUGUACAUGAUCUACGUGAAAUUCCGGAAAACGUUUGACAGCGAGAACGACUCUUUCCGCCUCGAGUUUCUGCUGGUCCCUGUCACAGGCCUGUCAUUUCUGGAGAACCACAGCUUCACCCCCUUGGAGAUACUCUGGACCUUCUCCAUCUACCUGGAGUCCGUGGCUAUCCUGCCUCAGCUCUUCAUGAUCAGCAAGACAGGAGAAGCAGAGACCAUCACCACACAUUACCUUUUCUAUCUGGGCCUCUACCGUGUUUUCUACAUUGCCAACUGGGUCUGGCGCUACUACACAGAGAAUUUCUACGACCAGAUUGCUGUAGUUUCUGGGGUGGUACAAACCAUCUUCUACUGUGACUUCUUCUAUCUCUACGUUACCAAAGUCCUAAAAGGAAAGAAGCUAAGUCUUCCCAUGCCUGUCUGAAGACAUUUCCAGAGACAACGUAAGAAAUUCCAAAGACGAAGCUCUUCACGUCACAGCUUUCCUUUCCUGGCCCUUUCUGACUAAUGGAUGGCUCAGCUGAGUUUCACUCCAGUGCCAGGAAGGCAAUGAGGCCUGGAAAGAAAGCCAAUACGCUUUCCAUCUAUAUGAGACUUUUUUUAUUUUAUUUUUAUUUUUUAUUAUUUGAAUUUGGUGCAAGUAGUGCUGGCCAAUAUUGAAAUAGUGCAAAUUACUAUCUCCCGGCUCUUCCCAGCAUCUACCUCCAAAACACGCUUCUUAGCCUUGACCUGAGGCAGCACAUGGAGUGUAAGGGACACUGUCACUACCUUUAGUCCUCUAAAGAGUGCCUCUGUCAGAGGGAACACAGUACUGACAAGCCAAGAGAUACAAAGGACACCAACCCAUUUCACACAUGGCCACAUCAACACAGCAGACACUACAAACUGCUGUUUUAACUCUGUGUAAACUACCAUCCUCAUGAAAGCUCACUCUGCCUGAUCCCCAUUUUAUCAUGUCUUAUAACAUUAUGGAAAAAUACACUCCUUUUCAAGAACGCGAAUCUUUCAAGUACACACGAAUUAAAACAUUACCUCCCUCACCCACUCACACUCAGUGACAGUUCCUUGUAGUGUACAAACCAGGCCCAUUUCAAUUAAAAUGCUGUAGGUUGUAAAAAGAUCUUUCCAACUCCUUUAUUUUUUUUUCCCAAGCACUGGGAAGAACAAGGGCAAAGACUGUUUCACACUCAAAAAAUAAAGACAAAUUCCACAAUU